AUGGCAACUAUUACGAGGGAGAAGGUGGCAUGUGUGAUUUUUAGCGCACCACACGAGAUACCCACUAAUGUUCUUCCAACCUACGCCGAUGUUAUGAAGGCCUACAUCAAUACAAGACAACAGUUGACAACGAAGAAUAACAAAUAUCCACCAUUCGCCGAAGUAUCAAACAAAGUUUGCGUCGAUGUUGAACUUGUUUGGGAAAAAGCGUCUCUUCCGACAGUGACACACGGACGAGUAAUUGAAACACUGAGAUCAUACAAUGAAAAAUACAAGAAAAUCUUGAAACCAUACAAGGCUCGGAAGGGCAAUGACAAGUACAAGCAACAACUUGAACAGUUCAGAGAAGACUCAGAUAAAUUAUUUGACAUUAGCAAAUGCAAAUGUGUAGAUUUCCUAAUGAGCUGUAAGUGCAAAAGAGCAGACAAAGUACCACUCAGUGAAAGAGACUUUCUAGUGGACCAGAGAGGAGCCAGGAAGAUGAUUAUAGGAGGCAUCGAUUUGAUGGAAACAAAGAGGCUACAGAAGAAAAUAUCCAGGAAAGAAAGUGAAUCAAGAAGACACAGUGACAGCAUUCAGCAAGAACAAUCGAAGCAGCAAUGCAAUUCUAGAAGCUACAAUGUGGAAGACAAGGACGACGACACAGAUACCAGCGAUGAAGAUGACACUCUAUCUAAGUCACACUGUAAACAUGAUCUACCAACACCAGAGAGUAAACGACAAAAAAUGGCGAUGACUGUACGAUUACCAUCUUUGCCACUGCCGCAUGUUGAUGUGAAGGACCUGAGCACUGACCAGCAGUACCUGUGGCAGAUGUGUCAAGCUGUCAGCAAAGGACACUGUCCCUGUGAUCUAGCAUUGCGAAAACCAGGACUAAUGAACCACUCGCGAUGGUUGACAACGGCCAACAGAAUCCUUCGCCUCUAUGUUGGCCUCGAUACACCAUCCAACAACAUCAAAACUCUUGUCACAUUCAUCAUCCGCGUCUACGCCCCAACAUGGUUCGCCAUCAAAACACAGCCAUCAUGUAAAGAUGGAGCCAAGCAUCUGCACGGGAUGAUGGUGAGAACACGGUACCUCAGCUCCUCUCUAAAGAAAGUCAUCGACCCGGUGAUUCAGCGAAAUGGCUUCUGCGGUCACCCCGAGAACGUGCUAUUAGCCAUGAUAACAGAUGAGCGACCACAUAUAAGGGAACUUGGACUCAGAAGAAUCAUGAAGGCCUUAUGA